AUGAGCUUUGAGUCCAAAAACCUUGGCCUGGAUCCCAACACAGCCACCUAUGAAGAAGGCUGUGCGAGGGUUCCUCUGGCCUCGUCCUUGCUUCUAACCGGUGCUGGUACCAGGUGCCCGGUCCUGGGAGCCGUGACCAUGGAGGCUCUCCCCAAGGGCCUGGAGGUCAACGAGAAGUCUCCAGAAUCCAAGGACCGGCUGCCCAGCCAGGCCGCCAGCUCCCUGUGUAUCAGCUCCAGAAGUGAGUCUGUCUGGACCGCCUCCCCCCGGAGUAACUGGGAAAUCUACCGCAAGCCCAUCGCCAUCAUGUCCGUGGGCGGGGCAAUCCUCCUAUUCGGUGUGGUCAUCACCUGCUUGGCCUACACCCUGAACCUGGGUGACAAGAGCCUCAAGGUCCUUAAGAUGAUAGGGCCCGCCUUCCUGUCUCUGGGACUCAUGAUGCUGGUAUGCGGGCUGGUGUGGGUGCCCAUCAUCAAAAAGAAACAGAAGCAGAGACAGAAGUCAGUUUUCUUCCAGAGCCUCAAGUCCUUCUUCCUGAAUCGCUGA